AUGAAUGCAAGUAAGGCCCUGAAGAGUAUCCGUCACCAGGACUUCAAAAAGGGUAGAUUUUGUACAGUAAGAACAAAAGAGAAACAAACUGAAAUGAUGAAAAUGCACAAAAAGCAAAUACAGUGGAAUCUGCAAAAGUUGAUACAGAGAGAAGAAGAGAAGAAUAGCUCAAAAUACAUAAAGGAGGUAAUUAUUACUCAUAAUACACAGCAAAAAAUACGCUGUGCUGUUGUUUCGAGGAUCCAGUGA